AUGAAGAGAACUUUAUUAAUUAUUGUUUUGAUAAGCAUUGCAACUUGUCAAGUUGUAAGCAAGAGUGAGGAGUGCACUUGUGCAUAGCUUUUAACUUCUGGUGAUUGCGCAAGGAGCUCAAAGUGUUCAUGGAACAUAACUAAAUUAGUUUGCGAAGUUCCUUAGAACAUAGGACCAGUGAUUGAGUCCAAGAAUUAUGGAAGAGCCUUGAAUUGUGAAGGAUAAGCUCAAACUGAUUGUCUUAAACUUAAUUAAUGUGCCUGGAUUGAUAAUAAAUGUACAUUCUUCACAAGUUGUACACCUUUUGAGAAAACCAUCAAAGAUGACUGUUAAGCAAUAUCCAAAAGAUGCAUAACUGAUGGAACAAUUUGUGUAGAAAUAGAUUUAUGUUCAACCUACUUAACAUCAACAUCUUGUUAUUAGAAUAGUUCAGAAAAUUACUGUGUUUGGGAUGAACCAACUAAAAAAUGCUCUGAUGUGACUGAAUGUGCUUAAUUACCAACAGCACUUACCAAAGAUUCUGAGUGCAGACUGUAUUUAAAGAAAGAAUGUACAGCUAAAUCUGCAGGAGGAUGUGUAGAUUCUGGAACUAAUUGUGCAGAUCAAAUAUCAGUUGAAGGAUGUGUAACAAAUAAGACAAGAACAGUUGAUUGUAUUUGGGAUACUACUACUAGUAAAUGCUUUGAUAAGAAAUGUGAGAAUGCUUCAACUAAUAUUAAAACCCAUGUUGACUGUCAGUCUUUCCUAUCAACAUGUACAGCCAAAGAGGGUGGAGGUUGUAUUGAUCUUAAGACAUGUUCAGAUGGUAAAAUAAAAGAAGGGUGCAAAAUUGAUAGUGCAAAAAAGGAAUGCUAUUGGUCAGAUAAAGACCAGAAAUGUAAGGAUAAGGUCUGUGCAAGUGCACCAAAUACAUUGACAACCAAUUCAGAUUGCUAAAAAUAAUUUUUGGCAUCAUGCAUAACAAAUGGAGCUGGAUGUGUUGAUGAUACAAGUUGUGGAAGUUCUUCUGUUCAAGAUUAAUGUGCUGUUAAUAGAUACAAUAAUAGAGAUUGUACAUGGAAUGGUAGUUGCAAAGACAAAACAUGUGAGAAUGCAGGGACUGACAUUGUUGGUCAUGAGUAAUGUUCUACUUACUCUAAACUUUGUACAGGUAAGGCUAACAAUGCUGGUGGAUGCUUAAAGAGAACUUGCGAGAAUGCUCAAACCACUAUUACAUCAAAUUCUGGAUGUGAAGAAUAUCUUCCAAAUAACAAGUGCAUCGCUAAGAAAGAUGGUGGAUGUAUUACCAAUACUACUUGUACAGCCAUAUUAUUAAAAGAUGCUUGCGUUAAGGAUGGUAAUGGUAAGGAUUGCUAUUGGGACACUGUAGGAGGUAAUUGUUUAGAUAAAACUUGUGCUACUCUUCCCACUAGAUUUAACACUCAUGCGUUAUGUAAUGGAGAAAUUAAUACAUGUACUGUCAGUUCAUCUGGAACUUGCAUUGAUUUGUUAUGUGAAAAUGUAGUUGAAAAAGACAAUUGUGUUAAGGACAAGUCUGGUGCUGAUUGCAUUUACCUUGGAUCUUGUUACUAAAAACAAUGCUCAGCUGCAUCUCAAGAUAAUACAACCCAUGCAUAAUGUUAAGAAUAUCUUAAUACUUGUACAUUGUCAAAUACAAAGAAGGGAUGUAUAGAUCUUCCAUUGACAUGUUCAGCAUUAACUGUUAAGGAGAACUGUGAAUUGAAAGCUAAUGGUGAAAAAUGUGGUUGGACAGGAUCUUCAUGUUUUGACAUUGUCUGUACUAGUGCACCAACUAAAACAGAUGAUGAAUACACUGUAGAGUUAUGCGAAGCUUAUAAACCAAAUUCUAAUUGUGUACCAAAUACAACCAAGAAAGGAUGUAUGGAAUUAGUUGUCAAAUGUGAGUCACGCACCAUUAAGGAGUAAUGUGAUGUAGCAGGUUCAAAAACUAAUGGAGGUAAAACUUGUUUGUGGGAUGGUACUAAGACUUGUUAUGAAAAAACAUGUGCUAAUGCAACUAAAGAAGGUUAUCUUGGCAGUGUAGUAGUAACAGGAGGUGAAGUAGCUCAUUCUGAUUGUUUAGCAUGGUUGAAGGAUGGAAGUAACAAUCCUCUUUGUGUUGUUGGAACAGCAAAUAAUGUAUGUGCUCCUAUACCUGCAACCUGUAGUGGUUUGGGCAAGAAUUCUUGUAAAACUAAUAUUUUGCAAAUUCCUGACACGUCCCCUACACAAUACUUAAAUUGCUAAUGGAAUGACACAACUGGAAAAUGUGUAGAUGGAAAUGUAUGUGCAAAUCUAGAUAAGAAGUCACAUAAUGAUUGUACAAAUGCAUCCAGCAGGAAAUGUACAGUUAGUGCUGAUGAAACCAAAUGUGUGGAUAGAUUAACAUGUAGUUAAUAUACAAAGGAACCAUAAUGUAAAAAAGAUAAAAGUGAUGCACCAUGUACUUGGGAUGCUUUAACAUCAAAGUGUGCUGAUACUCCCUGUUUAAAGACAGAAGAAGACACAAAGAAUUAUAUCACUCAUCUAUAGUGUACAAUCAAGUCAAACUAAUGCACUGUCACUAAUUUACCAUGUGGACUCAAAAAAGCAGCUUGUACUGAUUAUGUGACCGAAUUAGCUUGUUUGGGUGGAAUCCUGGGAGACAAGGCUUAAUGUAAAUGGGAAACUGGAGCCUGUAAAACUGCAACUUUUGAUUGCACAAAAGUAAAAGGUGCAAAACUCACAGGUGGUUAUUGUAAUUCUUUGGAUGCUACCUGUUCUGCCAAUUAGGCUGGAACUGCAUGCUUGGUUGCAUAAGCUAAUUGUAGUGGAUAUGACAAAUCAGCUGAUUGUAAAUGGGCUAAAACAGAUGGAGAUUGCUACUAUUCUGGUACUUGUAAGCCUGUUUCCACAUUAAAAUGCACUGACCUUGCUGGUACAAAUGACGCUGAAUGUAAAACCUUAAAGAGUAGUUGUGUCUUUGGAUUAAAUGGUAAAUGCAAACCUAAUUGUGCACUUCCUGCAGAUCCAUAGACCUACGAUUCAUGCUAAGCCUUUGAUGCUGAAUGUUCAGUACAAAAUGAUGGAAAGACAUGCUACUACUUUGCAGAUAAAAAUUGUUCUUAGUUGACCUCUAAUACAUGCACAAAAGGAAAGGAUGGAACUUGCUAACUUACUGGAACAACUUGCGGCUAGAAAACCAUAACUGAUAAUACUAAAUGUGGUGAUGUCAAGACUGAUACAUAAGGUGCUGCUAAGAUAACUGCAAAAUAUUGUAAAGAUGUCAGUGCAGGAAAAUGUACAGCUUUACCUGAUUAAUCAGCAUGUGUUGUGGUUGCUGCUAAAUGUGAAGAUUAUAAAACGGAUAAUAGCAAUCUUGCUUCAUGUUAUUGGGCAACCGAAGGUUAUUGCGUAAUAGCCUCAGGAGGAGCUUGUGAAAAAUAUGUUGUCGGUACUACUGCUUGUACCGCCGUUAUUUUAGGAGGAACAACUAACUUGAAUUUUAAUAUUUGUUAAGAGUUUAGCAAAGGAUGCACUGUUGACACUACUGCCACUACAAAAUGCAAAGCUUAUACAGCAACCGCUCUGACAUGCGCUGAUUAUAAAGGAACAAUCAAUUUCUUCAAUUGUUUCAAUUUCUUGAAUACUUGUACUGUAAAUGCUGCUGGAACUGCAUGCAUAGACAAGAAAGAUGUAUGCGGCGAUUAUGAUGCAAGCGAUAAAUGUGCAUAUGCUGUUACUGAUGGACCAUGUGUUUGGGAUACAGUUACGACAAAAUGCCUUCAAAAGUCUUGCGAUGCUAUUACUACAACCGAUGUUACAAGUCCAUCUGUCGAUACAUGCUCAGCAAAAUAAUAAAAUUGUACUGCUAGAACUGGAGGAUGCAUGAAGAGAGCUGCAUGUACUGUUUACACAAAACAAGUUUAAUGUGAAGAGAAUUUGUCAGGAAAUAGAUGCAUUUGGAAUACUAACACUGAUCCAGGUAAAUGUCUUGAUAUUUCUUGCAUUAAUGCUGAUUCAACUUAUAAUACUCACAGUAAAUGUUAGGGCUUAGGAAAUUGCACCGUUAAAGUGGCUGAUGAUUUAACAACAUUGGGAGGAUGCAUUAAUUUAGGUGCUUGUUCAGAUUAUAAAGUCAUUGAUUAAUGUAAAAUAAAUUCAACAAAGAAAGCCUGUGAAUGGAGUUUAGUUGAAACACCCAAUAAAUGUGUUGAUAAGACUUGCACAUCUGCUGAUCCUGCCACAUACACUGAUUUUGACAAAUGUUAAGCUUAUAUCUUUAGAGGAGAUUGCACUUUGGGAGCAAAGAAAAAUGAAGACGGAACAUAUACUGAAGGAGGAUGUAUGUAAAAAGCAUUAUGUGCUGAAUACAACACUUCAGGAUAAUGUAAAAAGAGCAAGAGUAAGGAUGCUAAUGAUAACUUUUUGAAUUGUUAUUGGAAUGAAACAACCAAGAAAUGCUCAGAUGCAACCUGCUUGUAAGCUGAUGAUACUUUCACCACACAUGAUGCUUGUAUUACAUAUGGAAGUGCUAUGAAUCUUAAAUGCACAGUCGACAAGGAUGACAAAGGAUGUGUUCCCAUUCCAGAUACUUGUGAAGAAAUGACCAAGGGACAAUGCAUGGAUACUGAUUCCAAGUAAAACAAAUGCAUAUGGUUGGAAGGUAUUGGUACUGGAUCAUGCGCUACCAGAACUUGUGAAAAUGCUGUCAAUCCUGCAACUGCUGCUGAUUGUUCAGCUCACCUUCCCAAAUGCACGAUGAUUGAUACUGGAAGCAAGUGCAAGACUAAGACAUGUGAAGAUUACUUCUAUACUGAUGACGCAGCAUGUGCAGCAGCACUUAAGAAUUCAAAGUGUACAACAAAUGGAACAUUCUGUGUCAAUAGAAGUACAUGUGCUUAGGCUUUAAGUCAAAAGGGAUGCAAAACAGAUAUAUCUAAUAAUGCAUGUGAAUGGAUUGUUCCCACUGAUAUAAUUAAACCAGCUUAUUGUGUGAUAAAGACAUGCAAUACUGCACCUAAAGAAUACAAUUCUGAAACCUAAUGUCAACAAUACUUCACUCCAAAAGAUGGAUCUUGCACUACUCAAUAAGGUGGUGGUUGUGUUCUAAAAUCUACUUGCUCAGCAGCAAAAGUUUAGGCUGCUUGCACUACUGACUUAAAUUAAAAUAUAUGUGCCUGGGACUCAGAUACAUCUACUUGUAGAAAUUAAGAAUGCAAGGAUAUUUCCGGUUCAUCACAUGCUGCUUGUUAGAAUCCAUCUGAUAAGAACUUUAAAGGCAAAUGCACAGCUGGAAAAAGUGGUAAAUGUGCUGUUAUGUAAAAAUGCUCUUUGACCACUGUUGAAGCUGCUUGUGUUUCUGGAACUGAUGGAUCUUGCAUUUGGUUACCUGAAUAUCCUAAUUUAGAUAAUACUAAAGGGGCAUGUUUCCUUUAUGAUUCAUGCAGAAGUCUUAAGUGGACUGUUGAUACAUAAUGUAAAUACAUUUCCGAUAAAUGCACAACUGAUGGAACACAAUGUAUUGGUAUUACACAAUGUGGCUAAACUAAUGUAAAUGGAGGAUGUGUUACAGGUACAGAUGGAGACUGUAUUACAACUGUCGCAACUUUAGGAUCCGCCAAUAAAGUUUGCACCAAAUAUGUUAAUUGUAAUUCAGCCUUAUUUACAACUCAUAGUGAAUGCAAAGAAGCUAAUCCUAAAUGUACUACAAAUGGAACUUCAUCUUGUAUUGAAUUAGCAGCAUGUUCAACAUAUGUAUAGGAAGCUUGUCAUAACAAUAAAGAUGGUGUCUAAAAGAAUUCAGGUUAAAUUACAUCCACAGGUAUAUGUCAUUGGGAUGAAACUACAAAUGCUUGCAGGGAUUAAAAUUGCUCUGAACUGAUUGGAGCCACUCAUUCCGCAUGCUCAUCUCAAUUGUCUACUUGUACAACCGAUGGUACAAUUUGUAUCAUUAAGGAUUCAUGUACCAAGUACACAACAAAUAGCUAAUGCAUAAAUGCAUUAGGAACUGAAGGUUCAUGUUAAUGGACAGAGGGUAUUGCUGGAGCUGCAGGAUCCUGUAGAGUUAAGACAUGUGAUGACAUUACUGGUGGUACUAAUACUUAAGUUUGCGGUGUUAUUAAUACUUGUACAACUGAUGGAACCAAGUGUAUCUCUAAAACCACAUGCGAUAAGUAUGCAACCAAGGCUGGAUGUAACUCUAAAGGAACUGAUGGAACUUGCGUUUGGACUGAAACAACAGGAAAAUGCUCUUUGAUGACCAAUUGCGCUGCUGCUGCCAAGGAUUAAAAUGCUUGCCAAUUAGCAUCAAAUAGAUGUAAAUGGACUGCUGCUACACCAACUACUGCUAGUUCUUGCGUCGAUCACACUUGUGAAUCUUUUAAUGCUUCAUAAGGAAAAUGCUCAUAUUUCCCUAACUGGGAUUCCUCUAAGUAUAAUAUUUGCCGUACAGUAUCUGGUAAAUGUACAGCUGCAGAUCCUAAGACAUUAGUUGAAUCAGAAUGCUACAUCUAAUCAGCCUACAUGUAUUCAUGGAACUCCAAGACCAGUGCAUGCUCUUAAUGCGGAACCACAAUUGUUACUCCUCCUAACAAUUCUUCAAAUGGUAAUGACACAAAUAAUAAUGGUUCAACUGACUCCGGAUACGUUCUUGGAGUGGCUGUUCUCUUAGGAUACUUAAUGUAUUGA